AUGGCACAGCUUUCAACCAAUGCCAAGGCUAUGGUCUCGGCGGUCGUCAACAAUGCCGACAACAAGUCCACUUGGACCACUUCCUGGCAUGGGGCUGGAGCCGCGGAGUUUGAUCUCAGAAGCGACACAAUGACGAAGCCUACCCCCUUGAUGCUCGAAGCUAUCUGCCAAACUACGCUUCUGGACGAUGUCUUCAAUGAGGACCCAGUCACCAAUGAGUUUCAAGAACAUGUCGCCGAAAUCACCAAACAUGAAGCUAGUCUGUUGGUUCUUUCCGGUACAAUGGGGAACCAAGUAGCCAUUCGCUCGCAUCUCGCACAGCCACCCCAUUCAGUGCUGUGUGAUUAUCGAUCUCAUAUCAUUUGUUAUGAGGCUGGAGGUGUAAGCGCCUGGACUGGUGCCACUGUUCAAACCGUCACGCCGAAAAACGGGGUCUAUCUGACUUUGGAGGAUGUCAAGAAGCACGCUGUGCUUGACGAUGAUAUUCACCACUGCCCGACCAAGCUAAUCAGCUUGGAAAAUACACUUGGCGGAACGAUCAUGCCACUCGCCGAGGCAAAGCGCAUCGUGGAAUGGGCCCACUCUAAUGACAUCAAAGUUCACCUGGAUGGUGCCCGAUUAUGGGAGGCUGUUGUCGCCGGUGCUGGGAGCUUGCCCGAGUACACAAGCCUAUUUGAUAGCGUCAGUCUUUGCUUCUCGAAGGGAUUGGGAGCGCCCAUGGGCAGUAUCAUUGUCGGGUCCAAAGACUUUAUCAAGAAGGCGCGCUGGUUCCGCAAGUCCAUUGGUGGCGGUGCCCGACAGACGGGUGUGAUCGCAGCUGCCGCGUGGGUUGCCCUUGACGUAACUUUCGGGACAGAUCCUAAUGGCCAGACCGGAAAGCUCGCUGCUACUCAUGAGAAAGCGAAGCGGGUGGCCGAUCUAUGGACCAACCGCGGGGGCAAGCUGGAGCACCCCGUAGACACCAAUAUGGUAUGGUUGGAUCUCGAGGCCUCGGGAGUGGGUCCAAAUGACCUGGCAGAGAUUGGGAAAGAGAAAGGGCUCCAAUUACUUGGUGGUCGCGUUGUGAUACAUUACCAGGUAUCGGACGAGGCCAUCUCACGGUUGGAGCAGGUGUUCGAUGCUGCCCUCAAAGGUGAUUUCAAACGGAGUGAAGACACCAGCAAGCCUUACGGUAGCAGAUAA